GGCGAAAAGAACGAACGCCAAAACUACACACUAUUAAGGGUUACGUGGACAGUCCAAAACAUAAAUGUAAGGUGUUACAGCUAAGCUUUUGUUUUGUUCGAACUCCCCACCACUCCCUCUAUAAAUAAACCCCUUCCCUUCUCUCACACCCAUCUCUAUUCAUUUUCCAUUUAUAUUAAUUUCACAUUUAAAUCCUCCGAUUUUGGAGAAAAAAAAUCACAACGACCCAUUUCAUUUUCCUUAUCAUUUCUCAAAUUUAAACUACAGAAUAUUAUUAUUAAUCUACCAAACAAACAUAAUUUGUCAAUAAAUUUGAAUUUCUGGGUAUAUAUAAUAUGGUGGUGGAAAAUAUGAGGAUGUUGAGGUUAAUGGAGGAAAACAGAGAUACAACAAUGGUGGACGAAGACGACGAAACGAAGACGAUUAAGAAAGUGUUAAAUGAAGGAUUAAUUGAACCUAUUAAACUCGUAGUUGGUUUCGCUCUUACGUCCAAAAAGAGGAAGAGUUUUUUACAACCAAAGUUUGAAGGUCUUGCUAGACUUAAGGGAAUUGUAUUUGUUGCUAUUGAUCAAGACAAACCACUUUCCGAACAAGGCCCAUUUGACAUUGUAUUGCACAAGUUGUCUGGAAAGGACUGGCAGCAAGUUCUUGAGGAUUACAGGCAAACGCAUCCUGAAGUUACUGUCCUAGAUCCACCAGAUGCCAUAAAACAUCUACACAAUCGGCAGUCGAUGCUACAGGUUGUUGCUGACUUGAAUCUGUCUGACACUUAUGGAAAUGUUAACGUUCCCCAGCAAUUGGUUAUAAAAAAGGAUGCUUCAUCCAUUGCUCUUAAAGUUGCCAAGGAAAGGCUGAGGCUUCCUCUUGUUGCAAAGCCCUUAGUUUCGGAUGGGAGUGCAAAGUCACAUGAGCUAUCACUCGCAUAUGAUCAGUAUUCUCUUCAGAAACUUGAACCACCGCUCGUAUUACAGGAGUUUGUGAAUCAUGGUGGUGUUUUAUUCAAAGUUUUUAUAGUUGGAGAAGCUAUAAAAGUCGUGAGGCGAUUCUCUCUACCCAAUGUUAGUAAACGUCAAUUGUCUAGAACCAGUGGUGUGUACCGUUUUCCAAGAGUGUCUUGUGCUGUAGCCUCAGCAGAUGAUGCAGAUCUGGAUCCUGAUGUUGCUGAACUACCCCCUAGACCUUUACUGGAAAAACUAGCCAGAGAACUACGUCGACGACUGGGUCUCCAGCUGUUCAAUUUAGACAUGAUACGCGAAUAUGGGACCCGCAAUAACUUUUAUGUUAUUGAUAUCAACUACUUUCCUGGUUACGGGAAAAUGCCAGAAUACGAGCAUAUAUUUACGGACUUCCUACUAAAUGUGGUCAAGAGGAAUAAAUAUAAUAAUCAUCUAACAACUGGACGGUAAAGUCCUUGAACUUUAGAACAAUCAAAUCUUUUCGAAAACAGCAUAAUUGUGUUUUCAGAAGAGACUCCUGUGAAAGAGGAAGAUCGAAGGUCGUAUUUCUGUAGCAAGCAUUCACAAGAACUGCUUGGAUUUGACAAGGGGGGAUUUGUACAGCUAACUAUUGUGUGGUUCUUUGUCAUUGAAGGCGUAUAACCAAUGACUGGUGCUCCUUUCAGCCGCCAAUCACUUGUAAUUACAGACUGCUAUGAGCGCAAGCUGAACCAAGCUAUCAAAGUACAGCAACCCAUCGAAUAAUGAUGAACAUCUAUCCUUGGCUGUAUCCCUUUCUAAUUUUUAGUUUUAUCCUCCUGCUCUCAAGCUGAGUUCCUUGCCAUGUAAAGAACAGGCCGACCCUUGUACAAAGUUUUGCUGCAUCUCUGGUAAUGAAAUAAAAAGUGAACCUUUUCAA